GAGGAGGAGGAGGAGGAGGGGGGGUUCUUGUAAAAGACAGAUGGUAACUCAGUGGAAUUGUUCCCCUACUCCAUCUCUCCUCCUUGCUCCCUUCUGAGUCCUGCAUCCUUCCCCCUGUCAUCUUUCCAGAAUCCUACCUUAUCUGUUUUUUUCCCUCUCCCUGUACAUCCUUCUCUCCUUUGCUCAGAUUUGCUCUCUUUCUUCCCCUCCCAACUUCAACUCUGCAACCUUGUCUUCAAUUUUUUUCCGAGAAAAUCGACUUGCAAAAACCAGGAGAUUUUUUUUCCCUUUCUUUCUGCUGUGCUUUUGGUUGUCAUUCAGGACCCUGCUGAGUCUGCACAUUCAGGCUGCGUUUGGGGAUUUGUAAGAGCAAACAAGAAAACUGGAGAGACAAACAAAAAGCUUGAUUGGCAGCUAUGAGCCCUAAACUCUGACCUCUGAUAGAGACUGAGGCAAUCCAAAAGAGCAGUGUACUUUACUGUAGCAUGCUCAUUUACACGAGCAACUGCCUGAAGUGACGCGUCCAUUCAGCAUCAUUUAGCAGAAACACAGCUCGCCGAACAUCCCAGGUCCAGUCAUGCACCACGGCCCAGUCUAUUUAGACCCCCUGAUCCUGCUGAGCGUGCUGUUAUUGUGGGGACCUUUGGGGUCCAGGGGCCAGAAUGACACAGAGCCCAUCAUCCUGGAAGGGAAAUGUUUAGUGGUAUGUGACUCCACGCCCUCGUCUGAGCCCGCUGGCAACGCUUUGGGCAUGUCGGUCCGCUCUGGCUCCGGCCGAGUGGCCUUCUCCGCCAGCCGCCAGACCAACCAUGAGCCCACCGACAUGAGCAACCGCACCAUGAUCAUCUACUUUGACAAUGUCAGCCUGAUGGUGAAUGGCUGGCCAAUGAUUUCUGCCUUCGCUGGGGACCAAGAUGUGACCAGAGAGGCUGCGACCAACGCCGGUCUGGUGAUUAUGGAGAAGGGGGACAAGGCCUACCUCAGACUGGAGAGAGGCAAUCUGAUGGGAGGCUGGAAGUACUCCACCUUCUCUGGAUUUCUGGUCUUCCCCUUGUGAGGAACAUGGAGAGUUUAGGUGGUACGAAACCGUUAGAGAAACGUUUUUGUGGGAAGUGGUACUGAAUGAGAGAGAAGGGGGUUUGUGACGGGAGGAAAGAAAAGGAGUCGACCUGCUACUGCGUGGGAGAUAAAGUGGAGAGGUUUACGGAGAACUGAACCGAAGGCUAUCCAAAUGAAGAGAACACUCAGCGACAGAAAGGAAAGAUAAAAAGUGCCAAAAGCACUUAGUACAUUAUUUGUUUCUGGAAUUUAUGUGCUCAGUCUCUGUGUGUAAAUAAUUAUCCCACGGAAAAAAUUAUUAUGAUAACAAUAUAUAUUAGAAAUGUACAAUGUAAGCUUCUGAGCUAAGAGUAUGUGAAGGCCUUAAUUAUUUUUUAAUUCAAAACAUUUAAAUCACUGCUGUGCUUCAAAUGACACUCUUUUCUGCCUGAAAAAACUGUUUUCCCUCAUUUGAGUGCACUGUAUGACUGAAAAUCUAUAUGCCUGUCAAUGUCCUGCAACAGAUGUUUAUUUCCCCAAGAUAUUUCUAUUAACUACAAAAAGCCUAAAUAAAGUUGACAAAAUUUCUCUGCGUAACAUCA